AUGUCUGAUGACGGAUACGGUGGUGGCGGCGGCAGAGACGACUACGACUACGAUGGCGGAGGAGGAUUUGGGGAUGACGCAUUCGAUGAAAACUACGACUUGCUCGCAAAUGAGGGCGCCGAGGGUGAAGCUCAAGGAGAGGGCGAACAGGCCAACGGCUUCCCCCCCAACGGCGCAGAGGGCGCACCCGAGGCCGGCGACGGCCAGGCUGGUCAACCUCCAUCUCAAUCAGGCAUGCAAGGGGAGCGACAGGCGAAUAAAGAGCGCGUCACAACACCAUACCUCACGAAAUACGAGCGGGCACGGGUGUUGGGUACUAGAGCGUUGCAAAUCAGCAUGAAUGCACCUGUGCUCGUGCCCCUCGAAGGCGAGACGGACGCUCUCCAGAUUGCUAUCAAGGAGUUGUCUCAGCGCAAGAUCCCCCUUACCAUCCGACGCUACCUCCCUGACGGCAGUUUCGAGGAUUGGAGCGUUUCUGAACUCAUCACUGACUGA